ACUCGGCUGAGUGCGAAGAGACGACGGAGCUGUCAAACAGCAACAAUCGCCUGAAAUAUCAUCUCGGGCGGUAUUACAAACAUCGUACUUUGCUCUAUUGUGAAAACAAGGACGACAGAAGCAGACUUCGAGUUCACUUUGAACACUCAGCCUUUGGGAAUUUGGACUUUUAAACCGUCCGCGACGAAAAACUUCCUGUUUUAUGUGUGUUGGUGGAUCUCAAGCUAAUGUUUGUUAGCUCUUCGCUUAGCUCGAGUUUUAUUGACAAACUAGCCAGUCAGCUAGUCACAGAGGAGCUGCGUUACCAACUUUGCUGUCUUGUAGUUUUCGAUAAAUGCUACCCGGGAAAGGCAUGGAGCCCAGCUUGAAGUGUCCCUACAAAUAUCUCCAUGAAUUAACAACAGGUCUCCAAGGGCUAACUAUACAUCUGUCAGACAUGUGAAAACCCUGGUGGACUCCCCAGUCACAAGCAGUCAGGAACUGGACUAUUAGGAAACAUCUUGGAUCCAGCCAGGGUGUGUCACCAGGGGUGCCCUAAACCAGAUUUUACACUGAAGUCUAUGUGUGUGAAAUAUUUUCUCCCAGGACACAAACUGACUACAUCCUGGGCUGCCGCGGAACCCCUUGGCACCAUUAAAACAAUCUAGUCCUCUUGUCAUGUGGGUACAUUACAGAAAAAGGCCCAUAUUACCCUCACUGGUGUCAUCUUUAACAUCACCAUGGAUCGGAAUAAACGCAACUCAAUCGCUGGGUUUCCUACACGACCGGAGCGUAACAAUGAAGACAAAGAUGGUAUCGGAGGGGUAGGGGUCUGCGAGAUGGGAAUGGGCCCGCCUUCACAGGUGGGCAGGGUGUGGCCAUCGUCCUACAGAGCCCUCAUAAGUGCCUUCUCCUGUCUUACACGCCUUGAUGACUUCACCUGUGAGUGGAUUGGCUCUGGAUUCUUCUCUGAUGUCUUCAAGGUACGUCAUCGAGCUUCAGACCAAGUUAUGGCACUAAAGAUGAACAAGCGCAGCAGCAACAGAGCUAACAUGUUGAGAGAGGUUCAACUAAUGAACCGGCUUUCCCACGCACACAUUCUCAGGUUCAAGGGAGUGUGUGUCCACGAGGGCCAGCUCCAUGCUCUGACAGAGUACAUCAAUGGUGGAAACCUGGAGCAGCUUCUAGACAGCAACAAACACCUGAGUUGGCCCACAAGGGUGAAACUGGCCUGUGAGAUCGCUAGCGGUCUGGCUUACUUGCACUCCAAAGGCAUAUUCCACCGGGACCUCACCUCCAAGAACUGUCUGAUCAAAUGUGAUGACUAUGGCUACACAGCAGUGGUGGGAGACUUUGGCCUGGCGGAAAAGAUCCCCACCAAUCUUGCUGAGGUAGAGAAACUAUCCGUGGUUGGUUCUCCUUUCUGGAUGGCUCCAGAGGUGCUGAGAGAUGAGCCCUACAACGAGAAGGCCGACGUAUUCUCCUACGGUAUAGUCCUGUGUGAGAUCAUUGCGAGGGUGCAGGCUGACCCUGACUUCCUUCCCCGCACAGAGAACUUUGGCCUGGACUAUCACACGUUCCAGCACAUGGUUGGAGACUGUCCGCCUGACUUCCUCCAGCUGGCUUUCAACUGCUGCAACAUGGACCCUAAACUCCGUCCGUCCUUCCCAGACAUCGUCAGGCACCUUGAGGAGAUUCUGGCACGCCUUAAAGUUGAAGAGAUGGAGCAUGAGUGUGUCCCUCUUUCUGGGGACAACGACAAGAAGACCAUAACAAAGAGUGAGAAGAUCCAGGGCUUUAAACGGCUUAACCCUCUUGGUUUCCCAGAUGAUAAAAUCCCCCCUAAAUCCCCCCGCCCUCGACGAAACAUCUGGCUCAGCCGCAGCCAAUCAGACAUCUUCUCCUGCAAACCAGGGAGAAAAGUCAACGUUCAAGACCCUUACUAUAACCCCCCCAUCGCUCAGCGAGCUUCAAAAGCCCGCAAGAUCAACCCCUUUACUGCUCGAGAGGACCUAUGUGGGGGCAAGAUCAAGUUUUACGACGUGCCCAGCAAGUCUGUCUUCUCGCUGGUGUUUGACCUGCACUCACCUCCAGGAAGUGCGUUCAGUAACCAGCCGUCUGCUCAUGGACCUGGAGGACCCCAACAGGAGACAUCUUACUACUGGCAGCAGCUGCCAGGAAGACAGUGUCACUCCUUACCGGUGUCUCCCCAGCUGCCCCGCUCCGAGGUCUUUCAACUUGUUGCUGCUAUUAGCUCCAAUAACAACAGUUCUGUUACCUGUAACUCCAGCCAGCUCUCCACAGCGCUGCCAGCAACUAACUCCAGGUCUGACGCAGGCCUGAUGGGGAAUGACGUCCGGCAGAAGGCAGUGCUGAGCGGCUGGGCAAAGAAAUAUGUCGUGGUUGAGAUCCCACCUUACUGCAGGCAGAUAGGAAGGGAUGAGGACGAAGAGGCAGAGGAGAGAAAGGAUGUAAAAGAGGAGGAUGAGCUUGGGGAGAGCUGGUCUCCGAUGGUCCCCAGCAGCGAGAAAGACAGUGGAGAGGCGAUGGACUGCUCCAGCAGCUUGGAGGAAGAGGAACAAGAGAGAGGGACAGACACCUGCCCCAUGUAACACACAUGUAAAUCCACAUGGACACACACACACACACACACACACACACACACACACACACACACACACACACACACACACACACACACACACACACAAAGG